AUGUAUAUCUCUGAAAAAGGAUUCCAUAAGAUCUUAAACACUUAUGAUAAAUAAGAUUUAAGAAAACAUAUUGAUUGGACAACAGAUUUUAAUCAUGAGUUACCUAUUAAAGGUAUUAGUGAUCCUAGACCAAUCACAAUACCUGAAGCAUUCAAAUAAGACUGUACAUUAUUUUUGAAUAAACCUGCUUUCUCUUAUAAAAGAAAUAAAAUAUAGUAGUCAAUGAGCUAUGGAGCAUAUUACAGUGCAGUUUUGGACUUUGCAUCUGCAUUAAUUGAAAUCAAUGUAACUGAGUUAAGCGCAGUUAAUAUUAUUGGCUUUAAUGCACCUGAAUGGAAUAUUGCAUUUAUGGGUAGUAUACAUGCACAUAAUCUUCCUGUUGGAAUUUAUACUACUAAUAAUCCUGAAGCUUGUUUUUAUGUAAGUUAACAUUCUGAAUGUGAAUUACUUAUUGCAGAUACACGUGAACAAUUGAAAAAAUAUCUUACUAUUUGGGAUCGAUUACCUAAAUUGAAAGCUGUGGUACUAUAUAAUGAUAAUGUAAAUCAUAUUACGAACAUUCCUACAAAUAGAAAGGUAUAUAAUUGGAAUGAUUUUUUGGAAAUUGGAAAAAAAUCUAAAAAUCUUAAUUUAGUUGAAGAAAGAUAUAAUUAAUUACAACCUGGGAAUUGUUGUACUUUGAUAUAUACUUCUGGAACAACAGGUAAUCCGAAAGGUGUAAUGCUUUCUCAUGAUAACUAUAUGUUUACAGUUGCAUAACAUCUUAAGAAAUAUAAAAUAGAUGAUGAAAUAAGAAUAGUAAGUUAUUUACCUUUAAGUCAUGUGGCAGCAUAAUUAGUUGAUAUAGUAGGAAUAUUUAGAUGGGGUGGUCACUUAUAUUAUGCUAAUCCAGAUGCAUUAUAAGGUUCUUUAAUAGUGACAUUAAAAGAAGUAAGACCAACUUUUUUUUUGGGAGUUCCUAGAGUUUGGGAGAAAAUUUAUGAAGAGAUGCAAAAAGUAGGAAAAUCUAAUGGAUUCAUAAAGAAUUUAAUUGCAAAAUGGGCGAAAUAAUUAGGUAAGGAUGGUACAUUUGCAUAAACUCAUAAUUAAUAACCACCAACUUGUUUUGGUUUAGCAGAGAGUAUAGUUUAUAAAUAAGUAAAGAAAGCAUUAGGAUUAGAUAAGGCAGUAUAUUUAUUAUUUGGAGCAGCUCCUUUAAGUCCAGAAAUAAGAGAGUAUUUUUUAUCAUUAAAUAUGUAAAUAUUAUAUUUAUUUCUAGGUAUCUUAUUAAUGCUUAUGGUAUGAGUGAAUGUGGAGGUGUAUAGACACUUUCUUUACCAGAAGAUUUUGAAAAAUUUGAUAGUUUUUUUAUGAAGAGUGCUGGAAAAGCUUUGGAGGGAACUAUAAUGAAAAUUUAAAACGCUGAUAAAGAUGGAAAUGGAGAGAUAUGUUAUAAAGGUAGACAUAUAUUUAUGGGUUAUUAUAAAGAUGAUCAAUCUACUAAAUAAACUAUAGAUGAAGAUGGUUUUUUACAUUCAGGUGAUGUAGGAAGAAUUGAUAAGAAUGGAAAUUUAAUAAUUACAGGAAGAAUAAAAGAAUUGAUUAUUACUGCUGGAGGAGAGAACAUUGCUCCUAUUCUUAUAGAGAAUGAAGUUAAAAAUAAUCUUGAAUUUGUUUCUAAUUGUAUGGUUAUAGGGGAUAAUCGAAAAUAUUUAGCAAUUUUAUUAACUUUAAAAUAAGAUUAAUCAUAAGUAGGAAAAUUAGCACCAGAAGUUAUUAGUGAAUUUAAUGCUUAAGGAUCUUUGGCUACAACUGUAGAAGAUGCCAAAUUAGAUCCAAUAAUUUAGAGAUACAUUUAAAGGUUAAUAGAUAAAACUAAUUCAUCAGUAAUCUCAUAGGCUUAAUAAAUAAGAAAAUGGACUAUUAUUGAAGGAGAUUUCACUAUUGAGACUGGUGAAUUGACUCCCACUCUUAAAUUAAAAAGAAAAAUAGUCGAAAAAAAAUGGUAAGGAGAAAUUGAAAGAAUGUAUUAAUUUGCCAAACUUUGAAUUAUAUUAUUAG